GCUAAUUAAAAUUAUGGCAGCAUCCCAGAAAUGUCUUGGAAAAGGUGUGUUUAGUGCUGCUGCUGGUGUUAACUGGUGACCAGCUUCCUGGUUCAGGUCGCCGCUCCAGAUUUAAUGGGACUACUGCAGCAGAUUUGCCGAUUCUGAAAGCACAAACUGACGCUGUCUAAUAAAUGCACACUUGCUCUUUACAUGAUUUUGGUAUUCUUGUAAUGAUUACAAAUUAAUGGUAUGAUCGCCCGUGGCUGAAUUACAGAAAAAAAGGCUGUUUUGCAGGGGGUUCGAACUCGCGCUAAAAACAGAUCGCGCUGUGAGACACCAGUAAUGAACACACGGAGCUGCGCUGAUUUAAUCUUGGAUUCAAAUAGGAUUUUACUCUCGGGAAUACUGCUUAUUCAAUUCAAUUCAAUUCAAUUUCACUUUAUUGUUGGAAUUUCUUCCAAAAAUUGUCUCGCAACCCAUAGCGUUACUGUCUAACAUUAAUUCACAGCAAUACACAUUACAAAAUACAACACACAGACACGCACGUCUGGUAUGCUAUCCUUGUGGGGACUCUCCAUAGGCGUAAUGCUUUUUCUACUACAGACCGUAUAUUCUGCCAACCUACACCAGCCCUACGUAAACCUACCCCUUGCAGGAAACCUUUUGCAUUUUUAGAUUUAAAAAAAAACUUCAUUGAUUUAUUAGCUUGUUUACCUGUGGGGACCUCAAUUUAGGUCCCCACCGUGACACGAGUCCCCAUGAGUCUGUGUGUAUUUAGGUUUAAGUCCCCACCAGAAUAGAAAAACAGGUAGGCCUACACACACACAAACACACAAACAAACAAAAGUACACAUUAUAAAUAUAUUACCUAAACCAUUUAAGCUAAACGAUCAUAUGGUUUGAUAUACAAUCAGAAAAAUUACACAUUGUGGAAAGUAACAAAACACUGCUAUUGCAUUUAUUUAUCGAUCAUAGCCUACAGUAAGUUGUGAUCCAACGGUUCAUUGGCUUGCAUAUUAUUAUUAUUAUUAGCAUGUUUUACACUUCAAGGGGUCCAAACUUUACAGUUUUUCUCGAUUGCUUACACACUGUAACUGAUUCAUUUGGCCCAAUUUUCCAAACCAUUCAUACAGUUCUCGAAACAAAGACUCGUUUCUCAAAACUUUUAACACAUACCACCUGCUUUCACACAUGCUCCAAUGUGCUCAAUGUUUUCUGCAAAACUCUACACAAGAACAUCAUCAUUUAGCAAAGGUUUAACCAUGUUACCAUUUAGAAAACACAAACACACAAUAUAACUACCUCAAGAGUCACAAAAUGAACACAAAUAGCACACAUUUAUUAGGGGUGUCGAAAUUAAUCGUUGCAUAGACCAUAAUCGAUUAUAGCAUAUGACGUCAUUCACAUACGCGCUUGUCACGCGAGUAUUAAAAAUGCACUCUCAAUUUUAAAAUCUGAGCUUAGCUUUUUCCCGCAUAUGGCACGUGCGCUACAGACAAACGCGGCGGGCUUCAUUGCACAGAAUAUGCGCUGAGACGUGCGCAUUGCUUGACAGUGCUUACUUACACUCGCUGUUAUUUUAGUCUUUUACUUUAGAUUUGCUUUCAUUUCUGCCGUUUGGAAUGCAGUACAUUAGAUGCACGAAACUCACGUACGGACAGACUUUCACGUGCGCUUUGUGUUUGUUUGUAUUAAAGCGCGUGGCUGCGGUUGCGGUAAAUGCACUUGCAUCUACUUUUAUGAUACGAAAUUGAUGUAAACACAGUCAGUUAUGUUUUCAGAACAGGACAAAACAUCUGAUAUAUGGAGAUCUGUGCAUUAGUGUGAAUGCAGUGUAUUACAGCUGCCAGCAUCUAUGAUCUCAUCAGCAGAGGCCGACAGUAUUGUACUUAAGUACACUUUUUGAGUAUCUGUACUUUACUUGAGUAUUAUUUUUUCUGGAAACAUGACUUUAACUUCACUACAUUUGAAAGACAAGUAUUGAACUUUUCACUCCAUUACAUUUCUAUCAAGGUCCUCGAAGUAGAAAGUCUCUACUAUGUAGCAGCUUUCAAAGUCAGUGGGAAGCCGUGCUCCUGGCCCUGUGCCAAAGGACCAUAUACGGCUCUACAGCAUGAGAUUCUGCCCUUUUGCCCAACGGACAAGAUUGGUGCUCAAUGCCAAGGGAAUUAAACAUGACAUCGUCAAUAUCAAUUUGAAGAAUAAGCCUGAUUGGUUUCUAGAGAAAAAUCCUCUUGGUUUAGUGCCAACACUGGAGACCCUGAGUGGUCAGGUGAUCUACGAGUCACCAAUCACCUGCGAUUACCUGGAUGAGGUUUAUCCUGAGAAGAAACUGCUCCCAUCUGACCCGUUUGAGAAGGCCCAACAGAAAAUGCUGCUGGAGCAUUUCUCAAAGGUGAUUCCCUACUUCUAUAAGAUCCCUGUUGGCAAGACAAAAGGAGAAGAUGUGUCUGCACUUGAAGCAGAACUUAAAGAGAAGCUCGUCCAAUUUAAUGAGACCCUUGCCAACAAGAAGACCAAGUUUUUUGGAGGAGAUUCAAUAACAAUGAUUGACUACAUGAUGUGGCCAUGGUUUGAGAGGAUGGAGAUGAUGGAUCUGAAGCACUGCUUGGACGACACUCCUCAGCUGAAGAAGUGGACUGAACACAUGUUUGAGGAUCCCACUGUAAAAGCCACAAUGUUCAGCACCGACAACUACAAGGUGUUCUACAAGUCCUACAUGGAAGGAAAUCCCGAUUAUGAUUAUGGUUUAUAGAAUAAAUCAUUGUUCUCUGGUAAAACACACCUGUCUGUUUUAACAGAUUUUGUUUCAGAAGGUACAUUAAUAUCUGUCCAUCUUUUAUACUGUGAUCCUGAUUAAUACGAAAAGAGAAUUUCAUGUCUGGUAUAUCAACCUUUAUGUCUCUUUGAGGAUAUCAAAAAACAUAAAUCUAAAAAUCUUAUCAACUGAUAAGGUUACAGUGUGAUUUUUUUUUUUUUUUUUUUGAAUCAAAAUGAAUUAUGUGCAGCAGCAACAACAACAAAAAAAUGUCAGUAGAAUGAAAUAAAAUAAAUAAUGAAACAAAAAACUUUCUGGAC